CGGCGGUGAUAAAUGCAUGGUUAUUUUGAUGAGAAAAUCUAGAUUUUAGCAAAAUAAAAUAGUUGUUCACAAACAAUUUCUGUGUUUUCAGCCAUCAUGCUAGCUAUUGCACCGGGAAUCCUGGAAACCGUUUACGUCGGCAACCUGCAAAAAACGGCCACCGAAGGCAAACUGAGAGAAUUUUUCAGUGAAUGCAAAGGACUUCAGACGGUAGAUUUUCGGCUGGAGAAUUGCACCUAUUGUCCAACGAAAAUAGCCUUUCUGCGAUUUUCGCAGCAACACGAAGCCAACAAAGCGCUCCUGCUGAACCAGAGUUUCUUUCAAGGUAAACGAGUUUUUGUAACCAAAGUUCUCCCCGACAAGUACUUUAGGACAGGCUUCACCGUCAUAGUGAAACAGUUGAACGAAUUUAUAACCGAGGAAGAUGUUUACGAGCAUUUCCGGAUCAUCGGGAAUAUUGAUUGCGUUCAGAAGCCAGCCAGCAACUAUGCGUACAUUUUAUUCGAAAGCACCGUAUCGGUCCAGCAAGCACUGAAAAUCCAAGAUCGAAACCUGAAAGGGGAGAAUUUGGAAGUUGGCAAAAUAAAACGGGACAUUAGCGUGAUGCUCGAGCGACCGACACGGUUGCAGUUUAAAAAUAUCGCUAGUAAAUGCGAAGCUCUAACUCUGAAGUGCGAUGCGAGUGCAGAAAUGGAGCAGAGGUUGAUGGUCACCAAUAUUCCGCGACAGGUGCCGGAGAAAGAAAUCUUAGAUUAUUUGGAAAAGUUCGGGAAAAUUACUGAUUGGGAGAUGACGAAUUCUACGAUUUCAGUAAUGACUAAUAUUGGUUAUGUAACUUAUCAGGAUGCAAAGAGUGCACGAGAUGCGUUUUUGUAUGGACCUCACUAUUUUCAAGGGGUGGGAUUAGAAAUUUACAACCCUGGCGUCGUAUACAACGUGGAUAAGUCUACGUCAAGAUCGGGCAAAGCUGUGGUGAUGCCAAAAACCAACAUCUAUCUAACAAACGAUGAGAUUUUUCAAGCUAUGGAAAAUUGCGGGCGAGUGGACCUUAUUUAUCGACUAGAUACGGUCAACCACAACACUAUUGUCCACUUCGAGUCUCCUACCGCCGUACAAGUAGCGGUGUGCAUAAAAGAAAUAGCCCAAGAGAAUGUCUCCGUGACAACCUUUUGGAAAUAUAGGUUCCAAAAAAUUUUUCCCAGCGAAUCGCUCUACAAAGGUAGCAUUCGUUGUACAAAGGAAGCAGAACUGAGUAAAAUGAAAGAAAUGGAAGAUCUUGCGGCUAAGUUAAAAGCAACGAAACCAAAUCCACGGUACAAGAAUCCAGAUCCAAAGGAGUACAAGAACGAAGUUCAAAUUUCGAAUAUUCCUCCCGGGACCGGAUUGGCUCAGUUUCGAGAUUACUUUAAAACAUGUGGCACUGUAACUAAUUUUCGUGAAACCUCACUGGGGUUUUAUCGAAUUGUAUACCUAAGUUUCGAUACUCGUGUGGGAGCUAAGCUGGCGUGCUCGUUGAAUCAGAGUUUUAUGAAUGGCAAACGUUUGCUAAUUCAUAUGGCUGACGAAAACUUAGUUAUUGAUCCCGAAUUAUGCCUAACUGUCGAAGGUUUCAACCAAACCGUCAGUGACGAAGAUAUUUAUGAUCGUUUUGCCGAAAUUGGAACGGUAACAUUUGUGCUUCGGAAGUCCGCUGCAUGUGCGGUUGUUUGUAUGGAGCGCCAACAAUGGUUAGAACCGGCACUUCAGAUAAAGUCGGUUGGCAGAUUUAAAGUCAUCGUUGAGCGGGUAAACUGCGACAGCACAACUCAACAGUCAAUCUCAACUAUACAGUCUGUAGCUAAACAGCCAGCGGCAACGGAACAGUCAGUUAGAACAAACCAAAAGCCAUCAGUUACUGUAAAUCAAGGAACAGUCAGCAGUACAACAUCAGUGCAAAACUAUAACGCGAACCUGCAACAAAUUUCACUUAUAAAUUCGGUUAGAAACGAAGUUCCAACAGCACCAGCAGAAAUAACGACACGCAAUAUGUCCAAUGUUGUAACGAUUGCACCGAUGGCUAGCCGUCCAAUGAUGUCCUCUAAUGGGCAAAUAAGGCCGAACGUACCAGUUAGGGAUCCAAACGGACCGGCGUUGAUACACAACCACCCGCCUGUAAGAUUAAGUGGCCCAACUGGUCCAGUAAUGGCAGCAGACAGGCUAUAUUUUCGAUCAGGUCACUUUGUAAGCCCUCUUAUGCAACGGCUAAUACACAAAGUUAGAGAAAACAUGAGAAGUAUUCCUGCUUUCACUUCGCUUCCAAAUAAAUAUCAAUUUUUUCUCGUCCUCGGAAUUGUAACUCAAUUACAGGAUGUACCUGGUUUCUUUUACAUGCAACCGGAUGAACAAAUUCAUUGUCUUAUUAGUGGAAUGUACGGCUUUAGAAGUGCGAGUUCGUUCUCAUAUUUUACGUAUCCUGAGAAAUUGAAAUUGCUAGAUUUAAUCCGGGAACAUUAUGCGACCUCAACAGGGGCACUUAAUCAUCCUACAGGCCCGCCAGUAAUCGAAGCGACACUCCUGGAUCAUGAACAAUCGCAAUGGAUGGACAAUCAUGGACAAUCGACAGUCGUGCAAACUAGUCAAGCAGAACUAAACACAAUUGAAGUAGAAUUUCCUACCUCAACUGAAUCGUAUGAUCCUUCUUUUCAGACCAAUUCGGCUCCUGCAUCAAAUCAGUUUGAACAAGAGGCAGAAGAAGAGCAGGAACAAUUGCAAACAAACGUCGCUGUUCAAUCGGACGAUGCCGUGGAAGUGCUGUCUGUUAGUUCUGACUCAAGCUACAUUCCUCCAGCACCAGAACCGCCACAGUUCAGCAGAACGAGUAGUCCAAUCGAAUCGCCACCGACAUUUGGUCGGGCAGACAGUAUGUCUCCCAUUAGCGAUUGUCAAAAAUCAAUAUCCCUUUCACCUCGACACGCUACUCGCGCUAGAUCCAAAACCCCUUCUAAGCGAAAAAGCUUAAGUCCUUUCUCGAGAGCAUUGUUAUCUAGCCCUCUAUUGAGGAUCGAACGAACGCGCUCUAAAUCUCCACGACCAAGCUCGUCCAGCCGGACAAGACAUCGGCAUAAAUCACCUGUUCGCGUUAGACACCGAAGUCGAUCUCGCUCACCUGUUCGAGUUAAACGCCGAAGUCGAUCACGCUCACCUGUUCGAGUCAGGCACCGAAGCCGAUCUCGCUCACCGGUCCGAGUUAGGCACCGAAGCCGAUCUCGCUCACCUGUCCGAGUUAGGCACCGAAGCCGAUCUCGCUCACCUGUCCGAGUUCAACGCCGAAGUCGAUCUCGCUCGCCGAGACGAACGGCAGGUCGUUUACAUCGUGCAUCGCCUCCCAGCAGACGAGAACGGUUACGCUACGAUCGAUCGCCAUCCCCGAGACCAAUCCGUUUACGAAGCCUCCGCUCUCAAAGUCCGAAAGGGCGAACACACAGAAAAGUUUUAAGUCCAAGCCUGAGCCCGCCAAGACGACGCGAGACCGAUUAUAAGAAGUCUCCGAAGCGGGAUGAGGAAAUUCUUCAAACCAAGCGGCAAGAAAGUACCACUAAAGAUAAAACUGGCGCUUCCAAUCGCAUUUAUGUUGGAAACUUACCGCUGGAUACCACCGAGAAACAAAUAACGGAUGUUUUCGGCAAAUUCGGUUUAAUUUUAAAACUAAAGCUGCUGGUUGUUGGCGAUAAGAAGAGAGCAACCAUCACUUUCGACACAGUUAGUCAGGCGGAACGAGCCUUAGAAAUGCACCUGAGAAUUUACCGGUACCAUUUAUUGCGUGUAGCUUUCCAAGGCCUGAAAAGAAAAGAACGUCCCGGUUUCGCUGUCGCGGUUGCCGUCAGAGGUGCAUACGACGAGAUUUCAAUGUUCCAAACGUUUAAACUGUGCGGUAAAAUCACGAAUGUUUGGACGAGAUUUUACGGUGACAGGCCGUUCUGUAUUAUUGAUUUUGAGCACCGCGAUGCGGUGCGGGCCGCAUUGGAUACCACAAAACUGAACUCUGGCGCCAACUGCAAGGUGCGGUCCGUUAUUUAGACGUUUUUUUUGCCUUUUUGGCAAACUGUCCUCGCGAGAACUAAUGCUGGUAAGUACUGUGUUCUUCUGUUUUCGAUUAGCCUUUGUAACCUAUUGAUAUCAGAAUGAUGCUACAUUGUGAAUAGCAAGCAGAGUGUGUGGAAUAGAUAGUAGGUAUUGUAUGAAAUAAUACCUGAUUUUAUACUAGCACAGGCGACCAGUAAGGUCAUAUUCGUGUGACGCUAGAAACCCGGUGGCAUGUACCAUCUCUGACAGCAACGCGCUGUGCUAAAGAGUUAGAAAAUGCAAAAGAAUGUGCAGUUAGAAUGUUUUAGGAGUAUCAGAGAAAAUUUAUUUCAAUAUUUUUCUGUAAUAGUAAACUGAACUGGUUUCCUAUUCAGUUUUUAUUAUUAUGUCUAGAAUGUUAGAAGUUAGAAGUAAAAAUAUCACAAUAGUAUCAUGCAAUCAUACACUAAUUGUCACUAGGUAAUUGUCAACUGAAUUAAUUAACAUUACAGAGCAGAAAGACGUGAACUUUUGGACAACAAUCGUAACUUGGUGAUAAAAUAUGGAUACAAGUUUGUUUGUAUAAGACAGUAAAACGAAAAGUUUUGACCACUGAUUUUAUUUUAAGAUUUUUUUCCGUAAGUAAGUCAGUUACGCAACAGAUCAAGGAGUUCAAUAAAAAUUAACAGCUCAGAUAGCAGUUUACAAACAGGUUUAGAUAACACGGUUAUAGUACGACUACCAUAAAGGGUCGUUACAAACCUUCUGAGACCAAUAAUUCGAUUCAAAAGUCAGUCGAUGUAGCAAAAGCAACAACAUCGAGCUUUAGUUGACUUCAUAACAACAUAAACUAAGUGUAAGCUCCCAUUUAAACUAUGUAAUAACAGAAUAAAUAAUAUAAGUUUUGUGCCUCUCAGCCAAAUA